CUCGCGGUGCAGUUCGCAGUCCGUUCGUCAAUCGUUCAAACUCUAAGUCUUCAUAACUUUGAAAUGUCCAGUCAUAACCGCUACAGUACUACGCUAGCAUCAGCCAUAUCGCAGCUAAAAGCAAAGCCGACGGAAAUGGAGAAAAAAAUUAUUGCGAAAAUGUUAGAUUUUAACGACUUAACCUGCUCAAUAUGCUUCGACAUUUUUGACAAGCCGGCAGAGUUGAAUUGCAGUCAUGUGUUUUGUUUCAAAUGCAUUAAAAAUUGGAUGCGUAAUAACAAGUCGUGUCCAAUGUGUCGGCGAAACACAAUAGAACCACCAGUUGUGUGCACUAUGUUGGAAAAACUUAUUUCAGAAAUGCAGUCAGUUUCUGUGCCUGUUGUAAAUCGACGCUACACGAUAGGUACAGUUUAUAAAGCGCAAGAACCUUUAGCCACAACACGUCCAGCUGGUAAAAGAGAACUUAAUGGUCGUCCACCUUGGAGAUAGAGAACGAAGAACAAUCAUAACCCUUUUAAUAUAUAAUAUGCAUAUAAUAAUCUAUAUUUAUACGUUUUUAAAGUCAAUAAUGUUUGUAAUUUUUAUUAUUUUAACUAAAUGAAUAACUAUAUCUUUAUAUUAAUCCUAGACUCUAGAACCUAUAUAGAAUAAACACAGUCUUGAAGGCUAGUUAUAGAGAAGACUAUGAAUAUAUUUGUAUUUUAAUUGUUUAAUAAGUAAUAAUUAUUUGUAUAAUGAUAAGAUAGGUAAUAUAUUUUUAACUUUUGAAUAUUUUUAUAUAAGCUUUUUAAAUGAUUCUUGAUUUUUUUUUUAUAAAAUAUAAUAUAAAAUAUAGUUUGAGCAUUGAAAUGUUGUAGGUACAUAUAUCUUAUACUAAAAAUAAAAAUAU